UUGGUGGUGUAGCAGAGCUCUCCGGAUUUAUUCAGACAUCGAACGUCGUCGAGAGCACACGUCCAUAUUCCUCGUCUUCCGCAACGAAACGAGCGCGUCGAUCGCUGUAGAGUUAAAGUUCCAGUUUCGAUUGUGAUUCGUGUGUGAUUUAUAUGGUAGAGAAAUACAACAAGCGUUUCCAAUGCGUCGCUUAGUGUGAGAAAUAUUCCAGAAAAUAUAUAAAGAGUUAUUAAAAGAACACAAGGAUUACAAAAAUCAAAAAACUCGUGUUUAACCCCCACUGGAGAAAACCGCCAACCGCCAACAUAGCCGAACUAACCGCCGUAUUUAUGACUAAGAUGAUUCCGCCGGUUCCCACCGCCGCCGCAGCCGUCAUGAUGCCCACGCCCAAGCAGAAGAUCGGUUUCAGCAUCGAGUCCAUUGUGGGCAAUGAUGUCAGCACUGCCGGCGGCAAUUCCACGCCGGAGCUAACGGGCAGCCAGAGUCCGCCGCCCGGCGAGAGGAACGGGCCCGGUUCGCCGCCCCAGACGCCGCCAGCCACGCUCACCCUGAUUCCCGGCUCACCUCCGCACCAUCUGAUGGCUCCUCCUGCCCACGGCCUGCCCUAUCCACAUCCCCAUGCCCAGCAGCAGCAGCAGCAAAUGGCCGCCCAUCCGCAUCCGCAUCUCUCGCCCGCCCAGCAGCAUGUGCUGCACCAGCACCUCCUCAUGCAACAGCAACACCAGCAGCAGCAACAUCCUGGCACUCCCAAGAGCCACCAGGACAUCCAGGAGCUGCUCCAGCGACUGCAUCACAAUGCCGCCAUGGCCAGCGGAUUGAGUCCGCUGCAGACACGCCUCUCGCCGGACUCGGAGCAGCCCCAGAUUCCCGUCUCCCUGAAGCGCGAGCGAUCACCUGCACCACCUGCCCACGAGCAGGCGGAGAAUCCCGCCCAGCGCAUCCAGCCACCGCACACGCCUCCCAAAUCCGUGAGCCCCCAGUCCUCACAGCCCUCUUCGUCGCCCACGCUGCUCAUCAGCAGUCCGCAUGCCACGCCCCCCCAGCAGCAGCCUUCCAACUAUCCAAAGCCCGCCAUGAUGCAUCCCGGAGCUGGAGGAGCACCCAUGAUGAUGCCGGGCAUGCCGCCGGCUGGUCUAGUGCGACCCUUUCCCAUGGGACCCGGAGGACCACCGAUGCCGCAGGGACAGCCGGGCAUGCCGGACAUCAAGGCCCUGCCGCCCUACAUCAACGCUCCGCCGGAACUGCCGCCCCAGCACAAUCCGCACCUCAUCGCCGCCGCCCAGUUCCAAAUGGCCGCCGCCCUGCAGGCGGGACAUGUCCUGGGUCCCGCUGCCGCCGCCGCUGCUGCCGCCGGACUGCCGCCCCACGCCGCCCAGUUUAUGCCCAAUCCGGGCAUGGCCAGGGAUAGCUACCAGCUGUACCCCUGGCUGCUCAGCCGCCACGGAAGGAUCUUCCCGCACCGGUUCCCUGGAAGCUUUCUGGUGCCCCCGUUCCGCAAACCGAAGCGCAUUCGCACCGCCUUUUCGCCAUCGCAGCUCCUGAAGCUGGAGCACGCCUUCGAGAGCAACCAGUACGUGGUGGGAGCGGAGCGCAAGGCCCUCGCCCAGACCCUCAAUCUCUCCGAGACGCAGGUGAAGGUGUGGUUCCAGAACCGCCGCACCAAGCACAAGCGGAUGCAGCAGGAGGACGAGAAGGGCGGCGGCGAUGGAUCGCAGAGGAAUAUGCACAACGGCAGUGGCGAUGAGGACGACGACGAACUUAUCGACAUGGAGAUGGACGAAUGCCCCAGCGACGAGGAGCACGACCUGGACGCCAGUCACUAAAGUCAGAAGCCAGGGGAAGAGAUCCUCCUGCGGCGGUCCGUGAGUUCCUUAGCCUGGCCAGCAGAGUCCAGCAGUUCCAGUUUUCGGGGGUUCCCAGUCGAACUCCAGCGGAAGUAACAUAGUUUGUUUUGUUGUGAUAUAUUCUUAGAGCGUUCUUAAGGCGUGUUAGGCUAACCACUGUACAUAGGAAAGUAUUAGAGACCCCCCUCUGUCCUUCAUCCACAACCAUCUCUCAAGAUCCGUGCCAAAUCCUUGCGAUGAACCGAGGUUGAGUAGAGCUCAAAUGAACGCAAGUUGUUUCCUCUCUUUACGAAAAUAUCU